AUGUCGUCGUCGGCAUCCUUGCGCUGCUGGGUCAUAUUUACACAUAAGGUAUUUCGAUCAGGCAUUCAGUCAUACGAAAGCCGCUUCACAGAGACAACGCUGCCUCAAGUCCCCGGUCCUGGAGGCAUUGUGGGUGACGUGUCGCCUUCACAGUUCCCCGUCAUCAAUCUCCAUAUGGAUAUUCCAAACACGGAUAUUCUAGAGGAGCAGUUUCUUGAGAAAGAGAGAGAUGAUAUGGACAGAGAACUCAACGAAGUAGAGGGGGACUACAACCGUGGGUUGAAUGGUAACUGGCGAACGGAUCCUCGUGCAGCUAUGUCACGCCCAACGCUCGUUCCUGCAGAUUUUUUCCAGAUUGCUGCCUUCCAGGUAAUAUAG